AGCCCCGGCGCAACCCAGCUCCGCAGCCCGCGGGAGGGGCCCUUUGUGCCCACGCCCGGCCAGAUACGACCAUGCUGUCCCGCCUGCUCAAAGAACACCAGGCCAAGCAGAAUGAGCGCAAGGAGCUGCAGGAGAAGAGGCGUCGAGAGGCCAUCACUGCAGCGACCUGCCUGACCGAAGCUUUGGUGGAUCACCUCAAUGUGGGUGUGGCCCAGGCCUACAUGAACCAGAGAAAGCUGGACCACGAGGUGAAGACCCUCCAGGUCCAGGCCGCCCAGUUUGCCAAGCAGACAGGCCAGUGGAUUGGAAUGGUGGAGAACUUCAACCAGGCACUUAAGGAAAUUGGGGAUGUGGAGAACUGGGCUCGGAGCAUCGAGCUGGACAUGCGUACCAUUGCCACUGCGCUGGAGUAUGUCUACAAAGGGCAGCUGCAGUCUGCUCCACCCUAGCCUCUCCUCCCCUCUCCCCCUCCCAGGAGGGAGACUGGUAGGUCAUGAAUAAAACCCAGGCUUCCAUUCUG